CCCCGCAUCCAUCGUGGCGGAUGUGCGGAUAUGAGCUCCUGGAUCCGCCAGACGACAGACCCUGAACCAGUGUUGGUCAACCAUGCAAGCAGAUCUAGUAGCGCGACGAAAGCAAUUCUCCAGCUGUGACGAGUGUCGGCGAUUGAGGGUCAGAUGCGAUGCGCUGAGUCGGAGGACAGCCGGGCAGCCGUCUGUCUCAUGUGCGCGCUGCACGAGGAGGCGGAAGAGGUGUACUUUUGAGUGGAUGAACAAUAUCAAACCCGCAGCUCCGCGCGGUUCGGGGUCAUCGCCUCCCAGCCAGGACACUGGCUCUUCAGUCGAAGGCGUGUCUCCCAAUACAUCAGCGCCGCGGGAAGCAGGCAAGAGAGAUUAUUUCUUUACACUGCAGUCCGAGGCCGUUCGGAGUCGAGAGAAUGAGAUACGUCCUAUGUCGCACACGGCUCUGCUGGACGCGUCAUCCCCUGCACUGAGUCCCUUUGACUGCCGCUUGGCGCAGGCGAUUUACUCGUCGGGCUUUGAUACGAUCUUUGGAUCGUGGAUGAGUAGAUAUGGCUGUCCAUUCUUGUACGUGUUCCGACUAGCUACAGGGGUUGAGACUGACAGCUACAGAUCUGAAAGCAGCGUCGGCGAAGACCGCAACAGCAUCGCCGAGGUCUGUGAGCGGCUGGACCGCUGGAUGACCGAGAUGACCGGGCAUCAAGAACCAAGAGCAGAGGACCACUUGGCAGACGAGUCUCUCCGCAAUACCAUUGCUUGCUUCUCAGCGCGAUGGCUGCCCCUCGCCUCUCGAGAACCCACGACCGCCUCCUCCUACCAAAGCGUCGUCCACGCCCUCUGGCGCCAGGCCCGACGUGACAUGCUGCGCGUAAUCAACCGCCCCUCCUACCGCUCAAUGCUCUCCCUCUUCCUGUUCGCAAUGACCCCCGUCCCCGCAGAAAUAACCGAAGACGAAGAAGCAGACGGGAUAUUCGGGCAAGUCUGCAUCCACGCCGCCCUCCAGCAAAUCCAGACCCUGCGCGCCCGCCAACGAAGUCUCCAAUUCAACGGGGCAAAAGUGUCACAACCUACGAAACCAAAGACCAGCCUCUCGAUCCCCAUGACUGUUGAAACGACUGAUUUCAUCACGGCGGAGAAUAUCGCGUACUGGGCCGCGAUAACCUUUGAUACGUCUGCGUCUUUGACACUAAACUGCCGCUCGCUCCUUUCUUCGGGACUUUUCGGCUUCGAUGCGGAAAUGCCCUGGCGGCUUGUCCGUGCGGGGAUUACGAUGUUUCAGAGUAAAUGGGAGAAUUGGCAUGCAGAGGGUGUAUAUGUUCUUUCCGACGACCGCGCGAAUCAGAUUAUUUCGAGUGCGUCGGCGUGGAAGCUUCUUGCCUGGAAGCUGACGGCGGUGUUCAAGGAGGCGCUGCGGGACGGGCAUGAUGAGUCUGAAGUACAACGGGCGUUCUCGCUCGUCGUUGAGGGGAUACAGCAGUUCAAUGAGACGUAUCGGCAGCCGCUCGAGGCGUGUGAGCGGCGGAUGCCGUUCUUGGGGCAGCAUACCAAGUUUCGGUGGUUUUCUCUGAUGUUGCAUUACCAUCUCAGUAUCCUGCUCCUCGCCAACGUGAUCGAAGCCACUGACCGACUUGACCUCCUCGCCGACAUCGAAGACACCAUCGCAGACGCCGAGAGCGCGGUGGUCAGCACGUUGAUGUUCGGCCUGCACAACACCAUAACCAUCACCGUGAAUAUGGAAUCCGGGACACUCGACCACGUCGGUGCGACGGAGACGUCAGUUACUGUGCCCAUUACCUCGAUUGACCCAUAUCCACACCACAUCGUGGCCGGGGUGCAGCUCGUGCAGAAAGCCGUUGAUCGGGAUCUUGCGGUUGGGAAGAUUAGCCAUACGGCACACGCAAACUUGCGAGGGCUGUUUGAGAGGACUCUGAGUCAUUUACCGCAGAGCUCCAAGUCGGUCAAGGCGGCUCGGGAGACAUUCUCAAAGGUGGUUGACUAUGUUGGGGAGCCGCCGACGGUUCCCUACUCUGUUGGGCGGAUGAUCUAGUACUAUACUUAAGUUAAAUCAUGUAUUUCUUGCUGUAAGCAUAUUGCUCUAAGAUGAAUGUACACUACAUGCAGCUCAAUGCCCAUUCUCCGCCUCAUAAUCAUAAAACCCACGCCCACUCUUCACCCCCAGGUUCCCCUCCUUGAUCAUCUUCUGCAAAUACUCGCGUGGCUCACUCGGAAGCCCACUGCGCGCCUCCGCAUAAUGCUUCUCAAUAUCUAGCACAACAUCAAGCCCGACAAUAUCCAUCUGCUCGCACGGCCCCUUGGGCGUCUUCAACACGUCUUUGAAGAUGGCGUCGAUCUCUUGUGGUUCGCAGAUUCCUUCGGAGAGAGCCAAGAGGGUCUCGCGCUUGAUUGCGGCCCAG